AUGGACUCCACUCUCUCCCAGCUCCUGGACUGCGAGGCUCUACUGGAGCAAGCCUGCUCCAGCUCAGAUGCAGGCUACUACAGCGCAUGCGGCAGCCUCUCCCCUGCCUCCUCCAUCGACUCCUGCAGCUUCUCCCCGCCGUCCCUCCAGUGGGGCACCGGGCCGGACGCAAUGGACUGCUUUGCGUUUUGUGGCCUUGCUGCUUCGGAGAAGAAACCGAGCAUCCCAGCUCCAGAGAGGAGGAAAUCCCGCUCCAAGUACCCCGGCCACAAACGCCAGAGUGCCAGCGAGAGGGAGAAGCUGAGGAUGAGGGACCUGACCAAGGCCCUGCACCACCUCAGGACCUACCUCCCGCCCUCCGUGGCCCCCGUCGGACAGACCCUGACCAAAAUCGAGACCCUGCGCCUCACCAUCCGCUACAUCGCCCACCUGUCAGCCCAGCUGGGGCUCACCGAGGAGGUCCUGUCCCAGAGACACCAGGCGGACUUCUCCCCAUCUCUCCACGGACCCCAGGCCACUGCCCAGAGCUCAUUCCAGCAAACAGCCAGCACCAUGAACAUGGAGAAUGCUGCUUCCUUCCAGCCCUGCUUCCCUCAGUCAAUCCAGAACUUCUCUUAUUCACAUCAGACAUACCAGAAUCCCAUCAGUGACAGCAGCUUUGCUCACACUCUCCCAGAGGAACACUGGGCCCUGCAGCAGCAAAUGAUUCUGCCCGGACACUGCUGA